AUGAUGAAUAGAAAUUGGAGAAGAAACCUUUCCAUCGCUACCAGACAUUUACAGAAGAAUGAACCUGUGCUAAGCAAUUCAUCACCAACGAUAAUCACAACUAAUCAAUUCAUACGGGAAGAGUACCAACCACCAAAACAUCCAGUUGUUUUAUGUCAUGGAUUCUCCGGUUUUGAUAGAUUGGCAUUAAUUCCAAAACUUGACUACAGCCUACUUGGUAAAAAGGAAUCAGAGGUAAACAAAGAAAUUCUUCAAAACUCAAACGCAUUGCUUGAAUUUGAAUAUUGGAGAGGAGUUCAAGUUGUAUUGGAAGAAUUGGGAACAAAGGUAUUUAUCGGAAAAGUCCCUGCAUUCGGUAAUAUCAAAAGUAGAGCAAUCAAUUUAGACCAUUUCAUUACUAAACAAUGCCAUGUGUUACAAAACAAGAACCAAAGUAAAGAACCAAUUAAAGUGAAUUUGGUAAGUCAUUCAAUGGGUGGAUUGGACAGUAGAUACUUAAUAUCGAAAAUCCACAAUAAUAACAAGAUAUACAAAGUCAUGUCACUCACAACAAUAUCCACUCCACAUCAUGGUUCUGAAUGUGCAGAUUUUGUAGUUGAUUUGAUUGGAAACAAUCCAAUUUUGAAAGCAAUAUGCCCAACUUCAAUUUUUGAAAUGACAACUGAAAAUAUGAAACUGUUUAAUAGUAAAGUAUUGGAUGAUCCUUCAGUUCAGUAUUUUUCAUAUGGAGCUCGCUUCAAUCCUAGAUGGUAUAAUUUAUUUAACUUUACUUGGCUUAUAACAAAAUACCAAAUUCAAUCAAAGCAAAAACGUGUCGGAUCGAAUCAACAACUUUCUGACGUAUUUGAUAAUGAUGGAUUAGUUACUGUAAGGAGCUCAAUGUGGGGAAAGUACAUGGGUACAUUUGAUGAAGUCGAUCAUCUUGACUUGAUCAAUUGGACAAACCAAGCUAGAGAUGCUUUCGAUAGAGUGAUGUUUGGAAGAAAACCUUCAUUUAAUGCAAUUGCGUUAUAUUUAGAUAUAUGUAACAACUUGGCUAAACAAGGACUAUAA